GUCGACUUGUCGUUUAAUCGAGUUGUCGUUCACUGUAAACCCAUGUCGGAGAAGUCCAUGGAAUUGCAGAGCACUGCGUCAAUGGAGAUUAAGACAAGCACUUCCACUUCGGACUAUACGGACCCUUGCCCGAUCUGCCUUGGACCCAUAAAUCAAUCUUCCUAUCUCGAUAAGUGCUUUCAUAACUUUUGUUACAAUUGCAUUGUACAAUGGACCAAAGUGGUUUCUGGGAAGCGCUCCUGCAGACUUUCCUCCAUUAAAUGUCCUUUAUGCAAGACAAAAAGUUCAUCUAUAAUACAUGGGUUAGAUGGACACCAUUUCCAAAGACAUUAUGUUAAUCCAGAUUUCCAGGAUAGCUUUAUCUUAUCAAAAGCUCAUAAGUAUAGAUUACAGUGCUACUAUACUGAACCAGGUUUCUUGAAUGACAUAUUUGAUGUACAGAGGUAUUGGAAGUUACAGAAGUAUCUCCAGGCAAACCAGUGGCUUGAAGUUUGGUUGAAGAGGGAACUUCAAGCUUUGAUUCAGGAAGAAGAUGUUGACAUAAUUAUGCAUCACUUUGUUGGUUUAAUUAAUUCAUUUUUUCGUAGAAAUGAACCUAAGUAUCAAACAGAAACUCCUGAACUGAAGAGGAAGAGGUUUAGCCAAACGAUUCUUGAUGCUGCAAAGCCAUUCCUUUCGGCAAGAGCUGAUCGAUUCAUGCUCGAGUUGGAGCUAUUUCUUGCUUCAGGUUUGAACAUUGAAGCCUAUGAUUCAGUUUACUUGCAACGGUUGGGUUGGAACGAGCCUAUAGUGCUGAGCGUGGCUAACGAAGAAGAUCUUGGACUCAAAUCUGUAACUCCAUACUUGUAUAUCUUUGACAAUGACCCUGAUGAUGAUUAAACAAGCUCUUACGCAUUUUAAUUAUUUUUGUGAAAGUAAGUCUUGUGUUAUCUCCCCACCUUUCAGUACGAAUAUAAUUAAAAGUUGGCAUCUGUUAAGCUGUCUGCUUUAA